AUGGGUUAUCUCCUUCUACAAUCCACCGGAAAAACUAACACAGAGACAAUUCAAACUAUCAAUAAGCAAUCCAAACUUUCUUCUCUCUUCUCUCUUCUCUUGCCCUUCCUCCUCAACGGAAACAGGAACAGAAACAGGAAGAAACGAAGAGCAUCCAUCCCCCUAUUUUUAUCAUCAUUUAUACGAGCUGAUAAUAUCAGGAUUGGUCCAAUUGGGUCACUGACGAAAGAAAAUGGUGGAGGUGAGCAGACCCAGUUGGGGAAAAGAGAAAAUGAGAAUGUGAGGAAGAAGUUUUCACUGAGAUUACGCCCAAGGUUGCGGUUAUUGACUAUGCGAAUGAAGAGGGUUCCAGUUAGGUCGAUGUUGAAUGACUUUGGUAAGUUUUUGCGGAAGAAUGUAAAGAAACUGAUUCUUUUGACUGCAAUAACUGUUGCAUUGGGGUUCUGCUGUUUGUUUCUGAAAUUAACCGCAAUGACAUCUUCAAAGGUUGUUCCAUAUUCGGACUUAAUCACAAGCCUUCAAAGGGGUAAUGUUACGAAGGCACUACUUGAAGAGGGAUCUCAUCUUAUAAAUUACAAUACAGACUCCCAGAGUCUUGAAAUUUCUCGGAGGGAAGAAGAGAAACCGCAGAAAGUAAAUGUUUCUGUUGAGAAUGUGGCUAAUACAUGUGGCAGAGAACAAGAUGCAAAAACUAGCAUGUAGCAAAACAUUAUAUGUGAGUUUGUGGAGAAGAUUUUCUAGAAAUGGUGCUUCUUCCCCUGAGUGGCAGUAUUCCACAAGGAAAAUAGACCAUGGUGAGAAAUUUCUUCUUAGUUUGAUGAGAGAAAAGGGGACAACAUAUAGCUCGGCACCCCAAUCAGUUUUGAAGUCCAUGAGGUGUACUUUAAUAACUGUAAUUUCACUCUGGAUUCCCUUAACUCCUUUGAUGUGGCUUCUUUAUCGUCAACUUGCUGCUGCUAAUAGCACAGCGAAAAAGCGUAAACCUGUUAAUCAGCUGGUAAGCUUUGACGAUGUGGAGGGUGUUGAUGCUGCUAAGGCAGAACUUAUGGAGUUACGUGUGUCUUGUGUCUAAUAUACAUCAGACAUAUAAGCUUUUGUUUCUAUAGUUUGAAACCACAAAUAAAACUGUAUCAAACUGUUAAUUCAUGAUU